GGCCGUCCCAAAGGAAAAUUUGCCUGUGGUCUCACUUCUUCCUAUCUGCUCUCGGCCGCCCCACACUCAGCACGGUGGUAGCCACGCCUGCUCUGGCGACUGCAGUUGGUAGCAGCAGUAGGAGCAGGGCCGUCCCUCUGUCUCUGCAGAUAAAAUAUUCGCAGCCUACUCCAGGCAUGGGUGACGGUUGCACUAAGACAUGGCACUGCGACAUUAUACUCUCGACUUCAACCUCUCUACGGCAGUUGACUCUGCUUCGACUGUUCCUGGUCUAUUGUCCAUAUUUCAUGAGCAGGAAAUGACAGAGACUGUCCAUGAUACAAAUGGUCAUGGAUACCUUGCUACUUUUGUAGGCAAGAAUGGCCGGCUUGUUGUUCUGCGUGUGCACUCCCAUGGUUUGGUCACUAUUGAUUUGCAGUGUUAUGAAGAGGACAACAUUGCAGAAUUAGACAAUCUUUUAAAUGCACUGGAAAAUAAGCUAAAGGUUAUCUUAAAUGGCAGUAUUACAAGGAUUAAAAGGCUCCCAGCCCUCGUAAGAGGAGCAAAGGUAGACCGAUACUGGCCCACAGCUGACGGCAGACUGAUUGAGUAUGACAUAGACCGGGUGGUGUACGAAGAAGAGUCUGCAUACCAAAAUAUAAAAAUAUUGCACUCACAGCAGUUUGGAAACAUCCUCGUACUCAAUGGAGAUAUUAACCUGGCAGAGAGUGAUCUGGCCUACACCCAAGCCAUCAUGGGUAGCGGAAAAGAGAAUUAUGCUGGAAAAGAGGUGCUGAUAUUAGGAGGAGGUGAUGGAGGCAUCCUUGCUGAGGUGGUCAAGCAAAAGCCAAAGAUGAUCACCAUGGUGGAAAUAGACCAGAAGGUGAUAGACGGGUGCAAAAUGCACAUGAGGAAAACUUGUGGCAAUAUUCUUGACAGCUUGACAGGAGACCAUUACCAAAUACUGGUUGAGGACUGUGUCCCUGUGCUGAAGAAGUAUGUCCAGGAAGGAAGGUUGUUUGAUUACGUAAUUAAUGACCUCACUGCAGUUCCAAUAUCCACAGAGCCAGAAGAAGACUCGACAUGGGAGUUUCUAGGUCUCAUCUUAGAUCUGUCAAUAAAGGUCCUGCAUCCAAAUGGGAAAUAUUUUACACAGGGUAACAGCGUGAAUCUGACAGAGGCUCUGAAUCUGUAUGAAGAACAGCUGGGAAAGCUGUCGUGUGCUGUGGACUUUUCCAAAGAGGUGGUGUGUGUGCCCUCCUACUCAGAGCUCUGGGUUUUCUACACCAUAUGGAAAAAGUAAAAACCUCCAGUUGCCUCUCCGUGAAGUCCCAGCAGCUGGAAUGUGAACACUCCGCCCAUUUUUGUUGUAGCCUUAAAGGUGUGUCAGACUGAACGUGACAUGAAAAUUAGAAGCAGCACGAAGUUCCUGUAAUGUUCCUGCAGUGUCACAUCAGUCUCAUUUUAAACCUGUGUAGUUGAUACUUAGACAUACCACGCACACACAGCAGUCAUUAUUACUGAUAUACACAGUGACUGACUACAGCUAACAUCUGUACUGAAUCUGGCUGAUCUUGGUUAGAUGAAAAUUCACUUUUCAUUUAGUCUGUACACAUCUUAAGGGGCACAAUGAGAGUUUUAUUAUUCCCUAUCAUUUCCCCAUUUUUCCCUAAUUUCCCCUGUCUUUGUUCCUGUUGGGUUGGUUUUUUUACUGUAAUUUGUUUGUGUUAGGUGAAUAUGAAUGUCCAUUUCUGUGCUCUGAAGAAACUUAAGAUGCUGAUACACUGAUUCGAUACACUGAUGAUGUUUAACUCUUCUUCCAACAAACGUGUUCUCGCCUUUUUUUCUGGGUUUUUUUUUUUGUUUGUUUGUUUUUUGUUUGUUUGUUUUUUUUCUCCAGUUAAGAGCUGAAGUUGUGCGGUAGGCCAAAGUGUAGGCUCAACUGGAGGUGCUUUUAAACUCGGUUUUUGUCACUGACACUGAAAUGUGAUUUGAUUCUUUCAGGUUGUAUAAGCAAAUGUGAGCAUGCCCAGUGAGACCCAAGCGUUGAAGUCCAAAUGUGUUUUAAAAGGGAAACAGGUCCACAACUUUAAUAGCACCUCUCUGUGCUUGUGCGUUUUUCUUAUGUUACAUUUUAUUAGCGCCUUGGUUUCUCCUGAUGAUUAAAGUUUAUUUUAAGAUGGACUUGGGGCAUGUAAAGGACAGUGAAUGUAGCUUGCAUAUACAGUACACGGCACGUUAAUGUCUGAUCAACUGUGUGGGACUCGGUUACAUUUAUUUAUUCAAUAUUAUUUCAUCAAAUACUGUUCUGUUCCACCUGAGAAAAUAUUUGUGACCAUCUACAAUUAAAAUAUUUUUUGGGGAAAAUGUCUAUGUUUUGUCCAAAACAAAUUAAAUUGAUUAAUGC